UGAGCAGCCAUGUGUUGUAAUCCGAUCUGCACCAGCCUCCCUUUAAAUGAAGGGCUGUACACCAGCCUGGUCCCCAGAGGAGCAGAGGAACUCGGCUUGGGCACCUAGCAGAAGAGAGCAGUCACCUGUAUACUGUGUUCUGUAUUUUCCAUAAAAGCAGUCAAAAGCAGUAGUUUUUAGGUCAGUUGAGUGAAGGUGUAGAGAAGAGAUGGACAGGACAGCUCUGACUGUUCGGCUUCAUGCUAGAGAUAAGACGUAUGUCUUUCUGUGGAACUACAGUCAGUUUCAGCAGGAGCAGACGGAUUGGGACGCUGUUAAUCGGAUGCUGCAACAUCAUGGUUUCAAACCUGUUCGCUUUGCGGAUCCAACAGAGAACAAGAACCUGGCAGACCUGGUUCUGCUGGAGAGAACAUCAUCAGCUGAAAUGCGGAACAUGCUGAAGACAAUGUUGACAGAUUCUGAGAGGAGGCAGGCCCUCAUCCAGGAGCUCAUUCAGUCCAACAGCCAGCUGAAGGAGGAGGUGGAGCAGCAGCAGGUGCGGGCAGCGCGGCAGUCUCAGAGGGCGGAGGAGCUGGAGGGCGUCUUGGCCAGCGUGAAGGUUAAAGUGCAGGGCCUGGAAGAUUCCUUCGUCAGCAAAGCUGCCCAGCAGCACAGCAGCCUCCAGCAGCUGCAGCAGGACAAGAGAGUGGAGGAGAAGCGCUGUCAGACCCUGCAGCAGCAGCUAAGUGAGCAGAAGGAGCUGGUAUCUGACCUGCAGGAGAAGCUGUACUACGCAGUGAAGGAGGAGGAGAGACGGGUCGCUCGUCAGAAUCAGGCCUUCCAGCAGAUUCUGAAGCGCUCCAACCGGACACACAACCCAAGUGACCAGCUGAUCCUGGAUGUGAUUGGUGUUUAUGAAUCUCAAAUGCAGCAGUUAAGAGAUAAAUUAAAGAGUGGCCAGAGGAACAGCUUGUGUGGGAAUGAAUCUUCGGACUCGCAGACGACAGACAAAUCCGGCACAGACAUUUCAGCUCUGGCCUCCUCCAACUACAAAGCCCUGCUUAAGUCUUACCAGGAGCAACUGAGGAAGACCAAGGCUCAGCGUGAAGACCUGAAGAAUGAAAUCCAGAGGCUCAAAAAGGAUCUAGAUUCCAGACCCACAGUAAAGGAGCUGAAGUCCUGCAAACAGCAGCUGAGACAGAUGGAUAAGAUCAUCCAGCAGAGUAAUAUCUGGCCAGCACAGACACUGGGAACAGAGGAACCCAUAGGAUCUUCCAGCACUGAGAAUCAGCAGAACAUACAGAACCAGAGAUACCUCAAGGAGAUUUGCUCGGAGCUGAAGGUUCAGGACGUUUGUCACGUUGUGUCUGCAGUCAAAACUCGCUGCAAAGAGGCGGACUCUGCCAUCAAGCUAGAGAAGAUCAUAAAUGAUAUGGCAGCAGUCCUGACCAAUCCGAGGGCUCCACUCGGAUUGCUGAGGCAACCUGCAGAUGGGCAUGGCCUCAGAGACCACAGCCAACAGGGGCAGCUGGAGCUCAUCGUCCCCACACUGGAAUUCUGGAGUCAGCAGCUCAGUUUCCUGCCAGAUCUUCACCGUUCUGUUGCCAAACUGGUGAAGAGGUUGUUGCCAUGGCAGCCAGAAGAUCGAGUAGGUACCCGGUCCGACACUGUGAAAGUUGAGGAUGUGAUGCUGAUGGUGGAGAUGGUGCUGGACGAAACGUGUCCUGAUGACAAGAUCCUGCGCAGCCCCACCAAACACACUUUGGAGUCCAUGGUGUCUCAUUUUCAGAAGCUUUUUGAUGCCCCCAGCCUGAGCGGUGUUUACCCCCGCAUGAAUGAGGUGUACACCAAGCUGGGAGAGAUGAACAACGCCAUGAGGAACCUGAGGGACAUUCUGGAUAUGGAUGGAAAAGCACCCCCUAGUGAGGUGGUCAACAUGGUGGCCAGAGUCGUGUCCUCUACUGCUGCCUUAUCCAACCAAGAACUGCAUGAUCUGCUCGGGACCAACGACAUAGACAACAUAAUUAUGAAGCUGAAGGAUCAUGAAGAAUUCUUUCCUGCAUUCCACUCACUGAUUCUGGAUCUGCUGGAUCUCUUAGAUGCAGAAAGCCUGGAUGAUGUUCUUCCAAUAGUGAGGUCACUGAAAUCAUGCAAUCAGCAAAAUGACUGAAAAUGUCAAAAUCUUGUUGUUUUUCACUUGGUGUGUUUUUAUAUUUUGGUUUUAUUAAAUAACAAUUAAUAAUUUUCA